AUGAGUGGUGAAUUAGCUAAUUACAAGAGGCUAGAAAAAGUCGGUGAAGGUACAUACGGUGUUGUUUAUAAGGCAUUGGAUCUUCGCCAUAAUCAGAGGGUGGUUGCAUUGAAGAAGAUCCGUCUCGAGAGUGAAGAUGAAGGUGUUCCGAGUACAGCAAUUAGAGAGAUUUCACUUUUGAAAGAAUUGAAAGACGAUAAUAUUGUUAGACUCUAUGAUAUUGUACACUCCGAUGCACAUAAGUUAUACUUGGUAUUUGAAUUCUUGGACCUGGAUUUGAAGAGAUACAUGGAAGGUGUGCCUAAGGAUCAAUCAUUAGGAGAUAAUAUUAUUAAGAAAUUCAUGAUGCAAUUAUGCAAAGGUAUUGCAUACUGUCAUGCGCAUAGAAUAUUACAUAGAGAUCUGAAGCCACAGAACCUAUUGAUCAACAAAGAAGGUAAUUUGAAAUUAGGUGAUUUUGGUUUGGCAAGAGCCUUUGGGGUCCCAUUAAGAGCAUAUACACAUGAAAUUGUGACAUUAUGGUAUAGAUCACCAGAAGUGUUACUGGGCGGUAAGCAAUAUAGUACAGGUGUUGACAUAUGGUCUAUGGGAUGCAUAUUUGCGGAAAUGUGCAACAGAAAACCACUAUUCAGUGGUGACAGUGAAAUCGACCAAAUUUUCAAGAUCUUUAGAGUACUGGGAACUCCAAACGAAACCAUUUGGCCAGAUAUCGUAUACCUACCAGAUUUCAAGUCUACAUUCCCAAAAUGGCACAGAAAGGACCUUGCUCAAAUAGUCCCUUCAUUGGAUUCCAACGGUAUUGAUUUGUUAGACAAGUUAUUAGCUUAUGAUCCAAUCAACAGAAUAAGCGCAAGAAGAGCAUGUGUUCAUCCAUAUUUCCAAGAUUCCACUUAG